CGCACCGGCUAUCCAUUUGGUGAAUCUUGCUCAAACGACUGUUAUAUAUAUCAAACAACAGGUAAAAAACCGAGUGUUAAGCGAAUAGAGGCUACUGGUGAUGCGCCAAUUCCGCAAUAUGGGCCGGGAAUAGUUUUACACGAACAUUAUUUAUAUACGGUUGGGGGAUCAACUGGCUAUGAUUACUCUUGUGAUAUGCAUCGCUUAAAUUUGCGCACACGAGUGUGGGAAUGCGUAUAUAUCUGUCGUCCAGAUAUACGCGAAGAUCCAGAGGGUCGUUAUCGUCAUGAAGUUGUCUACGAUGGGCAAUACAUAUAUGUGCUGGGUGGUGGUACAUCGAAUUUAGUGUAUGAUUUACAACGCAUCCCUGCAUUUAAUUUAAUUACAAACCGAUGGGAAUAUUUCGUCACAUUACCCGAUCGAACAUCACAAACAAAUCUAACAAUCGAGCGACAAAAUUCCGGAUAUCCAAACCCACGAAAGUGCUUUUCCUGCGUACAGCACACGAAAUCGAAUGGUGAGGUCGAAGCAUUCAUUACGGGAGGCUUGCAGGCCGAUCAAGUAUAUUUUUCAGAUAUAUGGAGAUUAAAUUUUACUACUAAGCAAUGGACAAAAGCUUUGUACUUCCAUGCCGCAGCGCACAGUCAAAAUGGUUGUAUGUACAUAUUCGGUGGUAUUGAAUAUGAUGAAAAACGUAUACGACGGUGCAAUGACCUUUAUAAAAUGUGGAUGACCAUACCAUUAUUAAGUGAAAUUUGCUGGGAGGCAGUGUUACAUUACAGACCAAAUCUCAAAUUGAAUGGCCACUCACAGCUGCUUAAAAUGGGCAUACCGUUGCGCUUUGCACAGAGAUUGUGGCAUUCUUCAAAAGCCAAAUGAUUAUACAAUAAAUGAAG